CCGCCGUCUAUCUCUAGGGUUUCCCAAUGGGCGUCGAACAAGGCGGGGACUCACCAUCUCCCAUCGAAGGAGGCCAAUCUUUUCAAAGUCAUCGUCAAAUCUUACGAGACCAAGCAGUAUAAGAAGGGAUUGAAGUCCGCGGACGCGAUAUUGAAGAAGUUCCCUGAGCAUGGAGAAACAUUGUCGAUGAAGGGAUUGAUAUUGAAUUGUAUGGAUCGAAAACCUGAAGCUUAUGAACUGGUUCGACGCGGCCUCAAGAAUGACCUUAAAAGUCAUGUAUGUUGGCAUGUAUAUGGCCUUCUCUACCGGUCAGAUAGAGAGUAUAGGGAAGCUAUUAAAUGCUACAGAAAUGCUUUGAGAAUUGAUCCGGACAACAUUGAAAUUUUACGGGACUUAUCACUAUUACAGGCACAAAUGCGGGAUUUGACAGGAUUUGUUGAAACUAGACAACAACUUUUAACACUAAAACCAAAUCAUCGAAUGAAUUGGAUUGGCUUUGCUGUUUCCCAUCACUUGAAUUCCAAUUGUUCAAAGGCAAUAGAUAUUUUGGAGGCUUAUGAAGGUACAUUGGAAGAUGAUUAUCCUCCAGAAAGUGAGCGAUAUGAGCAUGGAGAAAUGCUAUUAUACAAGAUAUCUUUGCUUGAGGAAUGUGGAUUGCUUGACAGAGCACUUGAAGAAAUGUACAAGAAAGAGGCCAAAAUUGUUGACAAACUGGCAUUUAAAGAACAAAUGGCUUCAAUACUUGUGAACCUUGGCCGGCUCGACGAGGGCGAGAAAAUAUACAGGGCAUUGCUUCUGAUGAAUUCUGACAAUUAUGAGUAUCUUAGAGGCUUACAAAAAUGCUUAGGGCUUUACUCUGAGAAAGGUCAAUAUACAUCCGAUGAAAUUGAUCGUUUAGAUGCAUUAUACAAAUCACUUAGGGAGCAAUACAGUUGGUCAUCUGCUGUGAAGCGGAUACCUCUUGAUUUUCUGCAAGGUGAAAAGUUCCAAGAGGCAGCAGAAAAUUACAUUAGGCCUCUUCUCACAAAGGGAGUUCCUUCUUUGUUUUCUGAUCUUAGCCCUUUGUAUGACCAUCCUGGCAAGGCGUGCAUUCUUGAGCAGUUAUUUCUUCAGCUAGAGAAUUCAGUUAGAACAACAGGGGGCUUUAUGGGAAGUACAGCAACAACAACAACAAUGACAACGACGAUGAAGCCUUUACCCAAAUAUUUGGGUCCUAAUGUCUGCAUAUCAGAAAAAGAGCCUCCCUCUACACUUAUGUGGAUAAUGCUUUUGAUAUCCCAGCAUUAUGACAGGCGGGGCCAGCAUGAUAUUGCGCUAGCUAAAAUUGAUGAGGCUAUUGAACACACUCCAACUGUUAUCGAUUUGUAUUCUACCAAGGCAAGAAUAUUGAAACAUGCAGGAGAUUUAGCAGCAGCUGCUGCUUUGGCAGAUGAGGCUAGAUCUAUGGAUCUUGCUGACCGUUAUUUGAAUAGUGAGUGUGUUAAGCGCAUGCUUCAGGCCGAUCAGCUGGGAUUGGCUGAGAAGACUGCUGUCUUGUUCACUAAGGAUGGGGAUCAGCACAACAACCUCUUUGACAUGCAGUGCAUGUGGUAUGAACUUGCUUCUGGUGAAAGUUACUUCCGCCAAGGUGAUCUAGGGCGGGCUCUGAAAAAGUUCUUGGCUGUUGAAAAGCACUAUGCGGACAUGAAUGAGGAUCAGUUUGAUUUCCACUCAUAUUGCUUGCGCAAAAUGACCCUUCGGGCUUAUGUAUCCAUGUUGAAGUUCCAAGAUAGAUUGCAUUCACAUCCAUAUUUCCAUAAGGCUGCAUCAGGUGCUAUCAGAUGCUACUUGAAGUUACAUGACUCUCCUCCAAAAUCAACAGCUGAAGAGGAAGAUGAAAUGUCAAAGAUGCCCCCAUCUCAAAGGAGGAAAAUGAGACAAAAGCAAAGGAAAGAAGAAGCUCGCAUGAAGAAGGAGGCAGAGGAAAAAAGUGAGGUUGAAGCAAAUUCUGCCGGUGCAUCUAAAUCUGGGAAGCGACAGAAUCUGAAAGCGGUUGAUUCAGAUCCAAAUGGGGAAAAAUUGUUGCAGGUUGAAGAUCCAUUAUCUGAAGCUACAAAGUACUUGAAGCUUCUUCAAAAUAACUCAGCGAAGUCAUUGGAGACGCAUAUAUUUUCUUUUGAACUAAAUAUGAGAAAGCAAAAAAUUUUACUUGCAUUCCAGGCUGUCAAGCAACUGCUUAAAUUGGAUGUGGACAACCCUGACUCUCAUCGUUGUUUGAUAAGAUUCUUUCAUAAGGUUAGCAGCUUCUCAGCUCCAGUAACAGAGUCAGAGAAACUGGUUUGGAGUGUUCUGGAAGCAGAGAGAGCAGACAUAAGUCAAUUGCAUGGGAAGUCACUUGUUGAAGCCAACAAAUCUUUCCUUGACAAACAUGAAGGUUCCUUGAUGCAUCGAGCAGCAGCUGCAGAAAUGAUUUAUGUUCUGGAGCCACAGAGGAAGCUUGAGGCAAUCAAGAUAAUUGAAGAUUCAAAAAGCAACCUAGCACCUGGCGAUGGUAUUCUGGGACAAGUCAGGGAGUGGAAACUUGCAGAUUGUAUUUCUGUUCACAAACUGCUUGAAACAGUCUUUGUCGAUCUUGAUGCUGCUUCCAGAUGGAAAUCUCGGUGUGCUGAGUACUUCCCAUACUCGACCUACUUUGAAGGCCAAAGAAGCUCCGCUGUUGCUAAAUCUUCAAAUAAUGGUAUGUUGAACGCAUCAGAGAAUGGAAUCUUGACCCAAGGACCAGAGAAUGGAAAACUGAGUGAAUUCAAGGACCUGGCUAUCAAAUAGAAUCUGCCUAAUUUUUCCCUUUGGCUAGUUCCUAAUAUUAUUCGCAAGCAUCAUCUACACGAAGGAGGUAAAGAGGGAAAAAGCAAUAGCGAAAUCAACCCAGCCUUUUGUUAAAAGUUGGUUCAGUGGGUUUCUUGGUUAUUUAUGUAGCUGUGUUUGUGUAUUAACAUUCAACCAGCUACAGAUGGUGGAGAUUUUUGAUGUUUAGUGGGUUCUAUGUGUCAUAAGAAGUAUCAAUCAGGCAAUUCCUAGCCCAGGUACAUAUUCUUUUAACUGGGGUUGAGAGUCUGGAGGUUGAUUGUUGGACGCUCGCCAAGUGAAAUUUUGAUCUUUUAAGUCUUUUUUGUACAAUGGAUUUUUGGAGUGGCGAUAACUGUAUCCACAGUUAUGAGGUGAUUGUCAAUGGGUAACCUUAAUUUAUCAAGGGACAAUUUUAGUGUACCAAGCAUGUAUCGUUUGGCUUGUCAUUAAACUAGAAUCGGUUAACGAAAGAUUUCAGCGUGUAGGUUGAUUUCUUUGUUUCAGAUUUUCUAAUGUUGGUUGUAGAUUUAAUUACUUGAUUGCCAAGAAGGUUGCAUUGAAGGAUGUAGAUUAGAUUAA